AUGUGUUUCGUGUCAAGCCGAAAAGCCAUGACCGUCGCUGGCUCCAUACCACGUUCCGAUGUACUGGUGGGCAGCAUUUCGGCCAGCCGACCAACGGCUGUGUGCUCACCAGAUGAUACAUUGGUUGCUGCUAGUGACUUAUUGCAGUCGACUGGACGUACUGCAGCUGUCAUAGCAGAUGAUGAACAGACAGUCCUCGGCGUGCUGACAGAGAAUGACAUGCUGUUGGCGUUCGUGGAAGGGACAGUGUCCAGCUGUACCGUCGGCCAGUGGCUUCAUGGCGGUGAGGCGCGGCUGCCUAAUUUCCUUGUUCCGCCACUUUCUCUUCAGCCAGACAUGCCGCUAGUGGAAGCUGCCGCGCGCAUGGCGGUCAUGACGAACGGCGACUUUGCUUGCCACCAUCUCCUGGUCGAUCCUGGGGACGCUUCUCGAAACGUGGCCUUACUGUCUGCCCUGGACAUUGCCCGCGGCCUCCUUGUGGCGGCUUCUGCGCAUGCUAGCGACGAGGCGAUGGAGGUAGCCAAGUUGGCAGUCACUUGCGCGAUGAAGCCCCGGGCACAGGUCCCCACGUGUACCCUGGCAGAGAGCCUUGGUGACGCGUUGGACCUCCUGCACAGCUCAAACCAGAACUGCGUUUUAGCGAUCCCUACAUCAACGGAAGACGAGCUAGAGAAGCUGGAAGAGCCAGAAGGCCAGGGUGCGGAGCACGCAAUCGUGGGAGGUGCCAUUACACCAGGUGAUGCUUUGCGUGCUAUGUCCGAGCGAGUGAACUGCAGAAGCUUGAGUUUGGGGAAGUGGUUGCACAAGUCAGGCAUCAGCCCCGAGCAUCGGUUCGUUUCCUCGGAGAGUUCGUUGGCUGAUGCUGCUGCGAUCAUGUGUAAGGCGGGCAUUCACCACCUGCUCGUGGAGGAGCCAGCCAGGUCUAAGAUUGUUGGCGUUAUCUCAGCCCUGGACAUUGUUCGUGCACUCGCAGCGACCGGCAUGGCCAGCUGUUAA